CCAGAUUGAGCCAUUUUCCAGUGCCGUUAUUUAACCCUUUUAGCAGACAGAACAAAGACCUUGUGAAAAGCUAGAACUAGUCUGACAAAUACUGAGGGGGGCGGCGAGGCGGUGCCCUGACUCCACAUGGUGGCUAAUAGUGUCCAGCAUGGGCAGGGUUAAGCGGAGAAGCAUACAGCGUGGCAGUGUGCAGCUGCUUGUGAUGACACAUCUGGCUGUGGACAGCAGUCAAAAUGUCAAGUGAAGAAGGUAAAGCAGAAGCCGAGACCACUGGCACUGAACUAGAGAAAACUGCAGCCCCUGUGCUGGGCAGUAAUGAGGAGUCUGGGCCUGAAGACAGUCCUCAAAAUAUAGAACUACACAAGGUCCCAGAGCCAGAACCAACACAGAAGUCUGAAGAGCAAGUAUCUGAAGAGGAGAAACCACAACCAGGCCAUGAGGAAUGCAGUGACACUGUGAACCUAGACCCGGCGUCUGACUCCAAGGCUGAUGAAGAAGAGCAUGCCCACCUAGAUUCAGAGGCUUCUGCUAAGGAGAGCACUUGGAGCACGUGGGGAACAUGGGGCAAGUCUCUUCUGUCAUCAGCCAGUGCAACCGUAGGACAUGGGAUAUCUGCAGUGAAGGAAAAAGCAGGAGCCACAUUAAGAGUCAGAACUUCAGAGUCUGAGGAAAGCGGAGAGGUCAGAGCAUCUGAAGCCGAAGAAGAAGUAUCGGCAGAAAAAGGUGACAGCCCAGCAGAGCCCACUUCACCUACUGCAGGUCGUGGUGUAUUUUCAGCUUUAACUAAUGUUGUACAGAACACGGGUAAAUCUGUUUUAAGUGGCGGCCUCGAUGCCCUGGAGUUUAUUGGAAAAAAGACAAUGAAUGUACUGGCCGAAACCGACCCAGGAUUUAAGAAAACGAAGACUCUUAUGCAGAAGACGGCAUCUUUAUCUCAGAUGCUGAGGGAAGCUAAAGAAAAAGAGAAGCGGAGGCUUGAAGAGCAAGUGUCAGAUGAGAGGACAGCGCACUUUGGUCUGUUAUUUGAUGAGUACCAGGGACUGUCCCAUCUGGAAGCUUUGGAAAUACUCUCCAAUGAAAGUGAGACAAAGGUCCAAUCUUAUUUAUCAUCCCUGGAAGGUGAAACAUUGGAAACAUUAAAAGCAGAUCUUAUUGCAAUCAAGGAUAUAUUUCUUCAGAAGGAUUUUGUCAAUGAAGAGGAAAUCAAUGCUAAAGGUGAAGAGAUUGAAGAGUUUACGAGGAUGCUCACCGAAUUACUGUUUGAACUGCAUGUUGCUGCUACCCCAGACAAGCUCAAUAAGGCAAUGAAGAAGGCUCAUGACUGGUUGUCAGAAGAGCACCUGUACUCAGAAGAACAGUCAGAGAAGAUGGCCAUCAAUGUUCAGGAGGUAGAAGAAGUAGUGAAGGAUAGCCCAAGUGAGGCCAGUGAAGAAGGCAAAGCUGAGGUUAAGAAGGAGCUCAGCUCUGAAGAUAUAUACAUGAGAUCUGUUGAAAAUCUGGCAGAAAUUACAGCACGCUGCAUCGAGCAGCUACAUAAGGUGGCGGAGCUCAUACUACAUGGACAAGAUGUGGAAAAACCAGUGAAAGACCAAGCUAUUGUCUUAGCCAAGCUUACAAGUGCAAUGUGUAAAGAAGUGUCCUCCCUGUCAACAAGCUUUUCUGACUCUCUAACCUCUGCUGGGAGCAAGUUGAAGGCCGAAGUAUUGAACCCGAUGGUCAGCAGUAUACAGCUGGAGGGGAACAACAGCACGACCUACAUCCAGGACGCUUUCCGGCUCCUUCUCCCUAUUCUUCAGUUCUCCCACAUUCAGGCUACCUCUUCUAAAGCAUAGCAGCUUUUCUGUUCCAAUCUGAGCUCAUAUGCAGCACAGCUAGAUUAUGGUAUUUGGACGAAGCCCUAUCAGUCCUGAGUUAGCGGACAUUGUUGUACCCAAUCAUUGGCCUUCUGAAGUGUAGGUCAGAAAAGUGAGCCCUGCCCUCUUGACUCUUUAGAAACUGGAAGAGUCCCUUUAGUCAUUAAGAGCUUAAAAGAAGUCACAUUUCUGCAGAAUGGUGGAGUGGAGAUGCUGUAAGAAGUUCACUUUUCUUAUUCCCUGACUGGCAGUUUGGAAAAUCAUUUAGUGGAUGCAGAUAUGCAGAUUGUCCAAUUUCAAGAACUUAUCCCCUGUCUACCGGAUAGAGGAUAAGUGCCUUAUCUCUGGAGGUCUGACUGCUGGGGCCCCCGAUCACGAGAAUGGGAGCCUGUGCUCAGGUAUCUCUUGGAGUCCCAUAAAGAUGAAUGGAGCGGUGGACACACAUGUGUCUCCGUUGGUCUAUUCUAACAGGGGAAUGAAGGCCCCAUUCUAGUGAUCAAGGUUGGGAACCCAGCUGUUGGACCCGCGCCGAUCAGACGCUUAUUCUUGUAAUGGGACAACCCCCUUUAAGCUUUGAUGGGGUAUUGAACAGAUAACAUAAUCCUAUGGGAAACUGACCAGCUGACAAGUUCCCUUUAACAAGCAGGUUUUAAGUGUACAAAGAUACAGCUAUACUACCUGUCCACUGGGAACAGGUGCAGGGUCUGGCACAUGCACAUUUGCACAGUGUAUACAAUUUAACCCAAUGGGGGAGAUUUACUAAUCAAAAUUUGCCAGAAUUCUGGUGCAGUUUGUGGCAUAUAUGCUUUAUACCACAUUUAUUAGGUGUUUUAGAGGUGUUUUUGGCUUGUCCAACAAGGGGACUUGGCUUAUCAGGAACACAAGUGGCUUGUUUGAAAGGAGUGUAACUUAAAGGGUUUAUCCCAUGAAUAAUGUAAAAAAAUCAGAGAUCAUAUAGUCCAUGCCAAUAACUUUCUAACAAAGCUAGAACCAGCCCUGUACCUCACAUGGGUCUAGAGAUCUCC